AUGGAGGAUUGCAAUUAAUAUCAUAAAUUAAAGACCGUGUUGAAUUUUUAAGUCUUUCUAUUAAAAUAAUGUAGCCAACAAUUAUGGCAAGACCUUAAAACUAAGAGUAAUGGAUAUUUUAUUCUUUCAUUAAAAAGAACCUUUUGUAUUGAUUUAUCAUAACAGGUCUUAAGAUUAUUCGAGAUAAACAUUUAUUAACUAAUUUAUAAGAAUUAUGCUAGUUUUUGUUAAAAAGAAGAACAGAAUAUUUAUAGAAUUAAAUAUAGCUAAAGAGAAAAGUGA